AUGCCCAGCGCAAAGAGGAAGCGAGGCGCCGUCGAACCAGAGAGCACCACCCCCCGAAAACGGCGCGCAUCGCCGCUCGACGAAGACGAAGAUGACGAGAUAGCUCUUACGCCUUCGAAAAAGAGCACACCUUCGAAGCGUCAGACUGCGACCGAGAAGUUGAACAAGAGCCUUGCUCGUGCCAAGCUCGACGAUGAAAUCAGUGGCGCAGUAACACCGAAAUCACAACGAAGAGUUCUAUUCGCAACACCUACGAAGCAUGACGACGACGAAGACGAGACGCCCAAUGGUACUCCGACUAUUGUCAGAAAUGCAGACAGAUCUGCACGCCGAAAAAGCGCUCGAAGGUUGCUACAACGCGACAUUGACGGGGACCAGAGUGACGAGGGCAUAGAAGACGAGGAUGCUCUGGCUCGACAGAUCUGGGACGACGAAGAGGCAGAUGAGCUUGCAGAGGACCAAGAAACGGCUGCAGCACCUGAGGCAGCUGCAGUCCCGGAGACACCGACGAAGCGUGGACGAGGAAGGCCUAAAGGCAGCACGAAGAAGAAACAGCGUAGCCCGACACCACCCCGAGACCUUCCACCACACGAGAAGUAUUUCUGGCAGAAUCGACCAGGAGGGACGAAGACGUCAAAUAACACACUUCCCUCUCAUGCCCUUCUGAACCACGACGAGUACUUUGCUCAGAUGCAGAAAUAUGAGGAUUCGCAUGAGGAAGACAUGGCCUAUCUACAUGGGCUACAUUCCCGCUCAUUCGACCAAUGGGUGUACGAAUUGGAGAAUGGCUUCAACAUCUGUCUGUAUGGAUUCGGCUCGAAGCGCAGGCUUGCGGAAGAUUUUGCCGCCCAUCUUUAUCACCACCAAAGCUCUGCGGCGAAAUCCACCCCCCGGAUUAUCAUCAUCAACGGCUACAAUCCCACUCUCACCACCAAGGACAUCCUCACGACCAUUCUCUCCUCCCUCCUCCCGUCCAGCGUCAAGCUCCCAGCGACACCUCCACUCCUUCACGCCCUGCUCCUCACCACCCUCUCCACCAAACCCCCGGCAGUGCCACUCACCCUCAUAAUCCACUCCCUCGACGGCGCCUCCCUCCGGCGCGCCGCGACACAAGCGCUCCUGGCCAGCCUUGCCUCGCACCCGCACAUGACGCUGCUCGCGACGGCCGACACCCCAACCUUCCCACUGCUGUGGGACCUGGGCACGCGGUCGGCGUUGGGCCUGCUCUUCCACGACUGCACGACGUUCGCGCCCUUUGCGCCUGUCGAGCUCGACGCUGUCGAGGCCGUCAACGACCUGCUCGGCCGCAGCGGCCGCCGUGUCCAGGGCCGCGACGGCGUCGGCUUCGUCCUGCGCUCGCUGCCCGAGAACGCCCGCGGCCUCUUCCGCAUCCUCGUCGCCGAGCAGCUCGCCGCCAGCGCCGACCUGGACGACGACGCCGCUGCCGCCGCCCUCGCGGCCCAGGCUGAGGCGGCGGAUCGUUACGACGACGAUAGGGACGUUUUCGCGGACGCGCCGCAGACGCCGAGUAGGAGGGGUAGGGGGGCCAAGGCGGCGAAGGAGGUGCCGCUGCCUUCGUCAACGCCCGCGGCACCGGUCGUCGGUGUCGAGUACAGGGUGCUGUAUCACAAGGCGGUCGAGGAGUUCGUGUGCAGCAACGAAAUGGGCUUCCGCACGCUGCUGAAGGAAUUCCACGACCAUCAGAUGAUCGAAAGCAGGAAGGACGCUGGCGGCGUGGAGAGGCUGUGGGUGCCGUUCCGACGGGACGAUCUGGAGAGCUUGUUGGAGGAGCUGGUCGAGUGA